AUGUCACAAUCGCAAGAACCAAAUAUGAUGGAUGAUGGGUUCUCUUAUGAUCCGAAUUACGAUUACACUCAGGCAUCCGGAUCACAACCCUUAACGCAAGAUUACAAGGACGAUGUGAAGUUCGGUAUGGACGGUAUAGAGGAGGAAGAGGAGGAAGAAGAACCAAUUAGUCAAGAAGAUUAUUGGACGGUGAUCAAUGCUUUCUUCGAUGAGAAAGGCUUAGUGAGACAACAGUUGGAAUCUUUCAAUGAAUUUAUCGAAAAUACAAUGCAGGAGAUUGUAGAUGAUAAUUCAAAGAUGACGAUGGAUCAGUUUUCUCAGUAUACAGGUGUAUCAGGUGAUGAAACUAAACGUUAUGAGAUUUCAUUCGGACAGAUUUACCUUGCUAGAGUCAAUCAUACGGAGAUGGACGGUAGAACCAAUAUGCUUUUCCCUCAAGAAGCGCGUCUUAGAAAUUUGACUUACUCAGCGCCGUUAUACGUCGAUAUCAAGAAGAGAGUACUUCAAGCUUCUGGUGUAGAUGAUCCGAUCGAAGCUGAUUGGAGACCUGCUGUUGGAUCUGAUGGUUUACCUGAAGGAGUGGAGGAGGAUAAGGCUUCUAUAGGAAAGGUCCCUGUCAUGGUCAGAUCCAAUUUCUGUCUUCUUCACAACCUUCCGGAUGACCAGUGUCACGAUAUCGGAGAAUGUCAUUACGAUCAGGGAGGGUACUUCAUCAUUUCUGGUUCAGAGAAGGUAUUAAUCGCUCAAGAGAGGAUGGCCACAAACCAUGUCUUCGUCUUCUUAAAAGCUGCUCCUUCAAGAUGGACCUAUUUCGCAGAAAUUAACAGUCAAAAGGAGAAAGGUGGAAAGGUAGCUGCUCAUACGGAAGUCAGAUUGUAUCAGAAAGUACAAGGCCAGUCCGGUGGUGUCAUUCGUGUUUCUCUCCCCUACACCAAAGUCGACAUCCCACUCGUUAUUGUCUUCCGAGCCCUUGGUAUCGUGCCCGACAGAGACGUCCUCAAUCAUAUCUGUUUUGGUCCCAACGACGAAGCUUUGUUAGAAUACCUCCAACCAUCCAUAGAAGAAUCUUUCGCAGUUCAGGACAGAGAGACCGCUUUAGAUUUCAUAGGUAGAAGAGGUCAACAUGAGAAAGCACCUAGGGCUCAGCGUCAACGAGCAGCGUUCGAUAUUCUUCACAAGGAGUUCCUACCUCACGUCUCGACUGCAGAAGGUUUCGAGUCGAAGAAAGCAUACUUCCUCGGUUAUAUGGUACAUAGGUUGAUUUCAGCCGCGAUGGGUAGAAAGGAGCUAGAUGAUCGAGAUCAUUUCGGUAAUAAACGAUUGGAUUUGGCUGGACCACUGAUGGCCGAGAUGUUCGGUCAUAUGUUCUCCAAGCUCAGGGAAGAUAUGUUAAGGUAUUUGAAGAAGUGUGUUGAGACCAACAAACCUUUCCAGCUGAACACUGCUAUUCGCCCGAACAGUAUCACAGAUGGUCUUAAGUACGCCCUCGCCACUGGUAAUUGGGGUAAACGAGGGAAUACUCGAGCGGGUGUAUCCCAAGUGCUCAAUCGAUAUACUUUCGCCUCCACACUUUCUCACUUGCGACGUACCAACACUCCUAUCGGUCGUGAUUCUAAAGCAGCCAAGCCUCGUCAAUUGCAUAACACCCAUUGGGGAAUGGUUUGUCCCGCUGAGACUCCCGAAGGAGCUGCAUGUGGUCUGGUCAAGAAUCUCGCCCUUAUGUCGUACAUUUCAGUCGGUUCUUACUCCGCUCCAGUGAUGGAGUUUUUGGAAGAAUGGGGUCUAGAAGAGUUGAACGAGUAUCAGCAUGCACCUCAGGCGACGAAGAUCUUCGUCAACGGUGUUUGGAUGGGUAUUCACCGAGAUGCUCCAACAUUACAUUCCAACUUGUUACAGAUGCGACGGGGUGGUCAACUCAAGCAUGAAGUGUCGAUAGUCAGAGAUAUCAGAGAAAGGGAGUUGAGAUUGUAUACAGAUGCUGGUAGAGUGUGUCGACCGUUAUUCAUCGUCGAUCACCCCACACAAUCACUUCGACUCAAGAGGGAACAUAUCGAUCGAUUGGAAGAAGCUGGAGAACAAGGUGCAUUGGCAGGGGCUUGGGAUCAGUUGUUAUCAGAAGGUAUCAUCGAAUAUGUAGAUGCCGCUGAAGAGGAGACCAUCCUCAUUGCAAUGACUUCGGAAGAUCUAGAAAACGCAAGGAGGAAGAACAGUAAAGAGGAACUGGUGAAAGAUAGAGCAGCACAUGAUUUCGAAUCUUUCGAUCCGACUGCUAGAAUCAAGAGUACCGUGUUUAGUAAACAGUAUACCCAUAUGGAGAUUCACCCUAGUAUGAUUUUGGGUGUUUGUGCUAGUAUCGUACCUUUCCCCGACCACAAUCAAUCUCCUCGUAACACCUAUCAAUCUGCGAUGGGUAAACAAGCUAUGGGAGUUUUCCUUACCAACUACCAACUUCGUAUGGACACUAUGGCCAAUAUCCUCUACUACCCUCAGAAACCACUCGCUACUACUCGAUCUAUGGAAUACCUAAAAUUCUCUGAACUUCCCGCUGGUCAAAAUGCCAUUGUCGCUAUUAUGUGUUACUCUGGUUACAACCAGGAAGAUUCCGUCAUCAUGAAUCAAUCAUCAAUCGACAGAGGUCUUUUCCGUUCGCUAUAUUAUCGAUCGUACACUGAUACUGAGAAGAUGAAAGGUAUGAUCAAAGCUGAAACUAUCGAAAAGCCGGAUAGGAAUGAGACCUUGAGAAUGAAACAUGGAUCAAGUGAUAGAUAUGCUAAAUUAGAUGUGGAUGGCUUGGUCAGUCCAGCAACCAAUAUCAACGGAGAUGAUAUCUUGAUUGGUAAGACUGCGCCAUUACCUGAAGAAAGUGAAGAGCUCGGUCAGAGGACGCAAAUGCAUCAAAAGAGGGAUAUCUCGACACCACUCAAGAGUACAGAACAAGGUGUUGUCGAUCAGGUCAUGCUUACUACGAACGGAGAAGGGCAUAAAUUCGUAAAGAUUAGAGUCAGAUCAACACGAGUACCCCAAAUCGGUGACAAGUUCGCUUCUCGACAUGGGCAAAAGGGUACCAUUGGUAUCACAUAUCGACAAGAGGAUAUGCCAUUCAGUGCGGAAGGUUUAGUUCCAGAUAUCAUUAUCAACCCUCAUGCCAUUCCAUCCCGAAUGACAAUUGGACAUUUGGUCGAAGCGUUAUUAUCAAAAGUAUCAACUUUGACUGGAUCCGAAGGUGAUGCUACACCCUUCACUGAAUUGACCGUCGAAGCGGUAUCGAAAGUCUUACGAUCGAAGGGAUAUCAUUCCAGAGGAUUUGAAGUGUUGUACCAUGGACAUACGGGUAAAAAAUUACAGGCUCAAGUUUAUUUCGGUCCGACAUAUUAUCAACGAUUGAAACAUAUGGUCGAUGAUAAGAUUCAUGCUAGAGCUCGUGGACCCCUUCAGAUCCUCACGAGACAACCUGUAGAAGGUAGAAGUAGAGAUGGUGGAUUGAGAUUCGGUGAGAUGGAAAGGGAUUGUAUGAUCUCACAUGGUAUUGCUGGGUUCUUGAAGGAGAGGAUGUAUGACUCAUCUGAUGCCUUCCGUAUACACGUCUGUGAUAUCUGUGGUCUAAUGGCAGUAGCCAACUUGAAGAAACAAGAAUUCCACUGUUCCGUUUGUAGGAAUUCCACGCAAAUCUCACAGGUCUACAUACCUUACGCGGCGAAAUUGUUGUUCCAGGAGCUUCAAGCUAUGAAUAUAGCGUGCCGAAUGUACGGUGAGAGUGAUUAA